AUGAGCCUUUUCCAAAAUCAUACACGCCGAGAAGCCCUUGGCGGGAUGAAGGAGGACGUAGUUUGUGUCCAGAUGUUCGUUACACGUGAUGAGGAUUCUGGCAAAGUCGGGAGGACAUUGAAGGAGGUAUUUGGGGAUGUUGGGCCAGCUGCGACGAUGAUUCUGGGUGUUAGAUUCGUCAGUGAGGAGAUGAGGGCCUGUUGA